CUUUACCAAAGAGAGAGAAAGAGAGGCCAAGCCUCAAAAUUUGAAAAUGAAAAAGAAAAAAUAAAAUGGUAGCUAAAGAUUCCUCAGCUGAAAAGCGAAAAACAAUUUAAAAAAUCACUUCUCCCUAAAUUAUAUAUUUAAGAAGCGUGAGAUUGACAGCCUAGAUCGAUCCCACCCAAAAUUAAAAAAAUAAAAAAUAAAGAUAAGAUUUCACUGAGUGAUAUAUACACAAUUUUUAUUUUUUUCAGCUGGUAAAUUGAGAGAGAGAGAGAAAUUGAAGAAAGAGAGAAAUUUCAGAUGCUCGGUGUCUCGGGGCUCAUGGGUGGUAGCUCGGGCGACGGGGCCGCCGACGGCAGUGGCGGCAGCAGCGAAGCUGGGGCAGCGUCCAGCUCGGUUCCCGGCGGGGGCUUAGAGGAGAGCGGUGGCGGAGGCGGCGGAGGAGGUAACAGGUGGCCGAGGCAGGAAACGCUGGCGCUGCUCAAAAUCCGGUCAGAUAUGGAUGUCACUUUUAGGGACUCCAGCCUUAAAGGCCCAUUAUGGGAAGAAAUUUCCAGAAAAAUGGCGGAGCUUGGGUACCAAAGGAGCGCGAAGAAGUGCAAGGAGAAAUUCGAGAACGUUUUCAAAUACCACAAGCGCACCAAGGACGGCCGCGCCUCCAAAUCCGACGGCAAAACCUACCGCUUUUUCGACCAGCUGGAGGCCCUCGAAAACAUCACCUCUCCC